AUGGCCUCCUCUUAAGAUAAUUACUAACCCAUGAUGAAAAACUACAGUUUAAAGGGUAGUGGAUAAUAAUGUCAAGUAAAAAUGAUGACAGAAGAUGGUUAUUAAAUUUGCUCAGAUACUCCUAUAAAAUAAGGAGGACAAGGAGAAUACGCUUAGCCUAUUUAACUUUUAUUAACUUCUUUAGUUGGAUGUGAAUUAGCCACUGCUAGAUACAUAGCUAAUUAAAUGGGAAUAAAAGUAUUUUCUAUUGACUUUGAUAUACAAGCUGAAAGAGAUGAAUUGGCUCCUAGACAUAUUCCAAUAGACGAACCCGGUCCCGCUGUAGCUAGAUUGUAAAGAAUUUGGGGAACAGCAAUUGUUGACACCGAUGGUACUGAAGAAUAGGUACAAAAAUUAAAGAAUAUUGUAAAAAAUAGAUGUCCUAUUGCUAAUAUGGUUGUCCUCUCAGGAUGUAAAUUAGAAGUAGAAUGGAAAAAGAAGUGA